GGAAGUAAGACCUGAUCAUCACACCCGCUCGCUCCAGUACUUGUCCACGUGUGACUCGUUAAGUUAUGUAUAUUUAGACGAAUAUGCUCUGGUCUAUAGAGUAUAACAGCAUGCUUGUAACUCACUUAAUCUGCAACAUUUAAAUUUGUACAAGAUUAAUUCGUGUUUGUUGUGAUUCUUCUGUAGAACUAAUCCUGAUGGUUGACCUUUGAGAAUAGUUUUGACCUCUUAAUUGGAUAUUACAGGGAACGAUAUACGGGGUGAAUAUUGCCUUGACAAAAAAAAUCAAACCUUUUGGUAUAGUUGUCACCAAACAAGUGUAAACUGUGUGUGUUAUCGUUGUAGUGAAGAUACAAUGCGCUAUAACACUUUACAAAGACUAAUUGUUCUUUGCCUGGUUGUUCUUGUUCUCUCCUGGGUCCUGUUCUUCAUGUUCUUCUUACAGGAUCCCUUGGCAAGCCAGAGUAAUGUACUGUACAGGAUGGCUGGUCCUUUGUCCGCUGAUGAUCCUCAAGUCCUGAAGAUCCUUAAGAACGAUUUCCUCGACCUUCCUUCGUCCCUUCCUUACAACAUCUCCGACAACAGUCACAUAGGUUCACAAGACUUCACUUGGCCUUGGAUCAACGAACACCUUCAGGAGAUGUUCCACGACCAGCACGGUGGAUUCUUUGUGGAGGCUGGAGCGCUGAACGGUGUUUACCUAUCCAACACACUCUGGCUUGAGAAGAAUCUUGGAUGGACAGGACUUCUCAUUGAGCCGGACAGGGAGAGCUACAAGGAACUCAAAUUUAAGCACCGCAAAGCCUGGAGCUCCAACACCUGCAUCUCUUCUGAGUCUUACCCUAAACAAAUUAUUCUUGAGUCACAUUACGUCGUACAGAAAGAAUGGCUGGACAAACUUUACUUUUGGGCUUAUCGAGGCCACAGUCACGAGAUGCGGCAGGAUAAUCUAAACAAGGAGGAUAAGACGAAAGCGUGGGACUUCACCUACAGCAGUGUACAAUGCUUCCCUGUCCUCUCCUAUCUCCUGGCACUCAAUCUAACUACCGUCGACUUGCUUUCACUGGACGUCCAAGGCACUGAGGCACUUAUCCUGGAGACCAUACUGAAGGACACAAGGGUCUCCAUCAGGGUCAUAGUGGCCGAGGACGAAAAACACAGCUUCAACCACUCACACAUGGACAGGCUGGGCUACGUCUUGGUGGCCUCAAGCGUAGAUCACAUCUACGUUAAGAAAGGUGAUGGAAUACUUGACCGCAGGAACGUCAAAGCGCGAAUUGCCAAACUGAAAGCUGACAAGAUGACGCCAUCCAGCUCAUAACCCUCGCUGUGAGUUGUGAUUAAUCCUCUCCGACACACACUGCUCAGAACCCUCGCUGUUACUGACUCUCUCCGACACACACUGCUCAGAACAUACCAUAAAUAAAAAAUAAUAAAUAAAUCAGGAAAUCUAAGUAUUUAUCCGCACACAGGCAUAGUAUGUACACAAACAUAGUUCAGGUAGACAAACAAUGGUUAACGAUGAGUCGACUCACACUAGGACAGCCUCGAAAUGUGUUAAGCUACAAAAUAGAUGAAAAAAUACGUAACUACAAAAGGAAAACAUUGGGUUUACUCGCUUCAGUGUAAAGAAAUAAAAGA